AUGGAGCUCUUAUCUAUCGAUGGUAGGAAACUUGCUAUCAUUCCUUCGAACAACACGGACAUCCGAUUGGCUACUUCAUCUGGAUGCUGUCCGUCUCAUGAUUCCAUGGUUCUUUGCGUACGACAGAAUAAACUACUCAAGGUAGGUAUAAAAGAGUGUAUGGAAGGACAGUGGACUGUACAACGACAAGCACAGCACUCUUUUGCGUCAAUUGCUUGCGAUCAGGCGAUAGAGCAAACUGUAAACAGAGAUACUAAAUCUACCAGAGGUCUUCGUGGCAUUUCACUAAAUCGGGGUUGGUUUUGUUACAUUUUAACAUAUUUUUAAAUUGAAUGUAAUUGGUAUUAUUUGUAUAUAUUUUCAGCGUUAUGUAACAGUUGCACUAAUAUUGUACAAAUUAUUUUUAUUAUCAUAGGAGCUGUAAGACGAUGGCUAUUAGCACAACCUGACAGAGCAGCAAUCAGCCAAAAGUGUCAAGAAAUGGCUAGCAUCAGUUCUAACACCAGAAUGCCAAAGACUUUGGAUAAAACCCGAAAAGAAGCUGACGAGCAGUCGGUACAAAACAUUCUUUCCCCCAUUGACAGCAUGAUCAAUCCUUUUACCCAUGACUCGGAAGAACUUGUUUCUUUAAGUUCAGGCUUGGUUGCUUCAACUGAUGUAAAAUCGGACUUGCUAAAAGCCGAAAACAGGGGAGAAGAAGCAGCUGUUAGGUAACUGUUUGUUUUGUAUCUUGGCUGAAAUUUAUACUAAUUAGAGUUUAGGAAUUCCCCAUGUGGUUGGCAUUUACCAGUUAUAUAUAAGCAUGGAUCUCUUGGAAAUUUUGAAUGUACAUGUAAGUUAUCUAAUAUGCAUUUGAUAAUGGCUUUUCUAUCCACAGCUACAUGAAAGAGUGUGUGAUUGACAAGGAUAAAACGAUAUUCGAUACAUUGAAGGGAAUGAAGCUCAAAAACUUUGGAGAUGUUCAGAAGAGACCCAGCAAAUCAUCCAAGCUUAACUUGUUGAAACAUGACAAGAAUAUGUUCUCUCGGCUUCUUGUUGCUAUCAAGUCGAGAAAUAUAAACCUGCAAGAAGUGCUUAAAUUCAGCCUUGGUUCUAUUUCGUAUUCACUUGCAAGUGCUGAUGGUAGCUUGGCGAAAACUGACAAGGCAGUGUUGUUGAAGUGA